CUACACCUUGCAUGCCUCGGUCUCUCUAAUAAAUCUUCCACUGCAGUAAUCAUCUUUUCAGUCAUCUCCCAAACCAUGGAGGUGGGAAGGAUGGAGAUCGUGCGGCUUGGAUCGAGUCAUCAAAUUGGCAGUCAGCCAUAUCACGCCUGAAGCAUAACACAUUAACCUGCAAGGAGGAAGAAGAUGGAAGUGAUCUCUCCUGAGGGUCUAAGACAGGAUGGCCGCACUGCUACCUGCCUCAGGGACAUCAGCUGUCGUCUUGGCCUGUAUGACAGACCCAAUGGUAGUGCCUACAUCGAGAUGGGCAACACCAAAGUCCUUGCUGCAGUGUAUGGCCCCCGAGAGGUGCGAUCCAUAAGUAAGCAAAACCUGGAUGAAUGUGUUAUUCAAUGUGAGAUGAGCCGCAUCGCUGCUUGUCAGGGUGAGCGUGUGAGACGGCCACGAGACCAGCGCACCCGAGCACUCAGUCUACAGAUUGCUGGAAUUUUCCAUGCUGCUAUAAGGAAAACCAAGUACCCAGGCUCACAGAUUGACAUAUAUGUACAGGUGUUACAGGCUGACGGUGGAGUGACUUCAGCCUGCAUCAAUGCCUCAACCCUAGCCCUGGUGCAUGCUGGGGUGGAGCUGGUGGACUAUGUGGUUUCCUGCACUGCCUCCAUCAACAAGCUCACACCCAUGCUUGAUGUGACUCAGCAGGAGUCUGUCUCAGGCUGUGAGGUGACCGUCUCCAUCCUGCCCAACAAAGGGAGUGUUGUCUCUCUUGACUCGGCCCACACCCUUCACCUUGACCAGCUGGAGGAAGUGAUUGACCUGGCUAUAGUGGGGUGCCAGCAUGUGUAUAAAGCCAUGAGUCAAGAGGUGGAGACUUAUUUACAGGACAAACACGCCAUCAUGUCUCACCGCUGAGAAAACUCUUAUCUUACUGCAUACAAGUUUUACUGUAAUGCUGUGACACUUGGCACCUGCAGAAUAUUUUCCUGUGUUUUUAUGAUAUGACCUGUGUGUCUGAUUUUAAGCUUUGUCUUGAAAUUGAAAGAUUUUCAAAGAAAAUUAAUAUUGUCUUUAAAAUUAUAUAAUUAUCCCCAGGGGCUUUUCUGACAUAAACUCUAUUUGUUAAA